AUUCGCACGAUGAUUCGCGUAAAUUGUAUUCUGACGAAUCUGCAAAUAAGGAAUUGUAAGAGAUUUGUCACAAGUACUUUUCUCUUAAAGACGAAGGGGGUUUUAAACGAGUCAUCGGAGAACGAAGAGUCGCCACGAAUGAAACGGUUCCAUGAAAAACUUAAAUUACAGCCACCACCAAAAAUAGGAUCACGAGAACGGUUCGUGGAUUUAGUAUUAGUCACAACUGAUCCGAAAACUGGAGAAUUGAUAACAAAUAGCGAAAAGGAUCCUACUAAAUGGGGAGACUGGCAGCAUAGUGGUAGAGUCACCGAUUUUUAAAACGGAAAUUAUCAGUGUUUAUUUCUUUUACAAAGUUUCUACAGACGUAGAGCAUAUUUUAAAAACUGGAAAAGAUCCUCAUUACUCAAUUUGUAAUGUCAAAACAUAAACAAAUGUUUCUUCCUAACUAUGCGUAAUCGAAUUUAAUUUUUCAUUACAUAUAAUACUACGUGAAAUAACGUAAAUUUGUUUCUCGAUAUGAAAAAUAUAAAGACGGGUAAAUGUAUAUGAAGAGCAUUGUAUUACAAAAUGAAAAUUGUGUAUCAGUGAGGUAAUAAAUUACAUUGUACAAAAGAA